CCCGCCGAUCCCGCGCAUGUCGUACAAGCGCUUGUGCAUACGCUGUUGGACGUGUUUGAUGCGACAAGAGAUUUGUACAACACUCUGAAAAAUAAGGAAAAAAGAGAUUUGGAGAACAGCCUUAGGUCGAGAGGAUAUCCUGAUUCGCGGAAGAUCGAAUAUGUCGAUGAGACUGCCAGCGACGAGGGCAUCGUGCUCGACAAGGCCGCCGUUAGGAAGCAGUUUGAGAUCGGACUUAGCGAUGUUGGCGACCUAUUUGCCAUUGGCGAUGUCGUCUCACAGACAGCGCUGCAGUCGCAGAUAAUCACCUUGCAAUCAGUCAUAAUCACAACGUUUCUAUACGGCCCUACUUCCCCAGACCCGAUAUCACGCCAACUCCGUAAUAUUUCGGACGCUUCUAGAGCAGCAGGUAUCGCUUCUGUCGACAUUUUGGCCGACCAGCGUCAACGACAGCUUGCUCUUCGACCAAUCGACCGAUCCCCUCCGGCGGCUAGGGCUUCAGCACAGCAUGCGCCUCCUUACCUGUCAAUUCCACCCCCAUUCUCAACCGCCGCAUCUUCGACAGAGCUUAACAGAUCACGACUUGAGUCCAAGAAUACCGCUAAAACUGCUACUGUAACGGUAGUUGAAAGACCAAAGACAAAGAGAACCGACACGGAAUCUACCACCUUCUCCAGCAUCUCAUCCUCAGGCGCAAAAUCCGUCCCGCAGGCUUCCUACUGCCGUUACGCUGUUGAUCUGCAGAAGGACGCAACUCGGCCCUUGGCUUCAAGCAUAACCGAUGCCAUCGAGCCAUAUUGUCCACACUGCCGACGCAUACUGAAUCUCGAACCCGGAAAAUCCUGGGAAAUCUUCAAGAGCGAUGAUGGGUUGGAGCGCCUCUACCGCAUGCAAAACAGGUUCGUGGUAAAAUGCCACCGCAACAGCGUCGAUGGCGGCUAUUGCUGCGUGCUUUGCUCGAAACGCGGCAAUGUGGACACUAUAUGCGGAGAUGUCAAGGCGCUAGUUCGACAUGUGUGGAUGGAUCACGAGGUCUCUGAGUUGGAUGCUGAGGGCGAUAUCGUAGAAGUGGUGGAAGAUGUGAGAAGGAGAAGGGAUAGUUUGAUGAGUUUCACUGAGGCAAGGGGAAGUAUUGAGAGGAGAAGUACGAGUGUGGGACAUGGGACGCGGAAGAGUUGGGGGCGGCCGGAUGUAUUCGAUGAGAGGGGUGAAAGUGUAAGGAUUUGGUGUGCGAGGGAUGGACGAUGA